UUCUCUCUCUCUCUCUCUCUGCCCUUUGCUCUGUUCUGGUCUUUUCACAAAACAAACCCAAAUGGGUACCUUGGUAGGCCAUGUAGCUCCAGGUUUUGGGUUCCUUCUGAUCGGGCUAUGGCAUCUCUUCAAUCACACAAAGCUCUAUGCCCUCAACCCAAACUCAUACUCUGCUUCUCCAUGGUUCCCAUCCUCAAAAAUAAGGUACUUGGAGCUCUACUUGAUCAUGGUGGGCAGUUGGGCAUCCAUAGCCAUGGAGCUUGUCAUAGGCCCUCAGAAACACCAACCAUUUGAUGAUGAUGGCACCAUACCAUCAAACCAUCUCCACAACUUCGAGCAUGCUACCAUCUCCUUGUCCUUCUUCAUCUACUCAGCCUUUGCAAUCUUGCUCGAUCGAAUUAAACCAAAAGCCCAUUACGAGUUCCUGCAAUUGCUUGGAGCUUAUGCCUUCACCCAACAGUUCCUCCUCUUCCACCUCCACUCGGCAGAUCACAUAGGUAUAGAGGGUCAGUACCAUUUGCUUCUGCAAGUCAUCAUUUUGGUGUCUCUGUUUACAACCCUUAUGGGUAUCACCCACCCCAAGAGCUUUUUAGUGAGUUUCAUCAGGUCUCUCAGUAUUUGCUUCCAAGGUGUUUGGUUUGUGUUCAUGGGGUUCAUGCUCUGGACUCCUGGGUUAAUCCCAAAAGGGUGUUUCUUGAAUUUGGAAGAAGGUCACUUGGUGGUGAGAUGCAAGACUGAUGAGUCCCUCCAUAGAGCUAAAUCACUUGUGAAUCUUCAGUUCAGCUGGUUCUUUGCCAUGUUUGUGGUGUUUGCCAUGGUUUUCUACUUGGGUCUGCUUAGAAAUUAUCCAGAGAAAGUGGAGUAUUGGCCUCUGGAGAAGGUAGAUGAAGAUGGGUCAGAGGACUUGGAGUCUCAGAAGAGGAACAACAGUAACUUUGAGGAGUCCAAGAGUUUCUUCCCUAUGGGAAAGGACAGGACUGCUUUGGAAAUGGAAAGGUAGAAGAAGAAGAAGAAGAUGACUGGUUCAGCUGCUUAGGAAAAGGGGUGAUUUGAUUAGGUAUGUGUCACUUUAAUUAAUCUUGUUUAAUUAAAAACAU